GGUUGGCCCCCGGGCUCUCUUGCCCGCCCUCUUAGCCAUGCCGCCUCGCUCCCGGGCCCGGGGAAGCUGACGGCCGCCACAUCUCUUGGAGCACAGAGCUGGAGCCGAGCGACUGCAGGUGAAGAUGGGGAACUCGGAGAGUCAGUACACCCUACAGGGCGCGAGGGUGCACAGCGGCACGCUUGCUGGGGCUAAGCAGAAGCCUUGCUCGCUCAAGAUCCGCAGCCUUCACGCCAAAGAGGAGAAGUCCCCGCACGGAUGGGGCCACGGGGCAGGCUACAAGUCCCGGGCCCUGGCCCGCAGCUGCUUGUCCCACUUCAAGGCCAACCAGCCCUACGCGGCGCGGCCCGACGCCCCCGCCUGCAGAUCGGCCAAGGGCUGCGCCCACGCCAAGCACAGGACGGCUGGCCCGGGGGGCCACUUCCAGGGCCUCCCCGCGGCGCCGACCCCGGGGAACGGCUUCCAUGAGCUGGCCGCCCGCCCCGCGGCCUUGAGAGACCUCAACAACGGCCCCCCGCACCCCUGCGCGGGGCGCCCCGAGAGCCCGGCGUCCACGCCGCCCGGCGAGGAGCGCGGCAGCCCCCGCGUGCGCAUCAAGACGCCGGGCAGGGUGGACGGCUGCCUGCGGGUGGAGUUCCACAGCGGGGGCGGCCCGGACCCCCCGGGCGGCGCCCCCGGGCCGGUGCAGCUGCUGCGCUACUCGCCCGCGCUGGCCCCCGACGACGCCCCCUCGCCGCCCAGCCCCCGCGGUCCCGCCGCGCGCCCGCGCUCCAGCAAGGGCAGCAGCUCGCUGAGCUCCGAGUCCUCCUGGUACGACUCGCCCUGGGGCCCCGGCGCCGGCGAGGCCAGCGAGCCCGAGGGCUCCUCGCCCGCCCCCAGCGCCCCCCGCGACGCGCCCCCCAAGCCCUUCAGCCAGAGCGCCUCCCUGUCCUCCCUCCGGGACCCGUUUCCCCCCGCGCCCCUCGGGGCCCGGCUCUCCGCCGACGACCUCGGCCCGCAGCCCGGCCUCAGCCACCGCGUGUCCUUCGCGUCGGACAUGGACGUGCCCGCGCGGCUGGGGCGCGGGGACGCCCCCUACGCCUCCUUCACCCUCCCCUGCCGCAAGUCCAGAGCCCUGACCGAGGACGCGGCCAAGAGCUCCCUGAAGGCCCGCAUGCGGCGCAUCAGCGACUGGACGGGCAGCCUCUCCAGGAAGAAAAGGAAACUGCAGGAGCCGAGGUCCAAGGAGGGCAGCGAGUACUUUGACAGCCGCUCCGACGGCCUGAACGUGGAGCCGCUGGGGCCCUCGGCGGGGGACUCGGCGCACGCCCUGCCCCAGCGGAGCGAGUCGGCGCUGGCCCUGGGCGGCGACGCCCUCCGCCAGAACAUCUACGAGAACUUCAUGCGCGAGCUGGAGAUGAGCCGCACGCACACGGAGCACGGGGACACGUCGUCGGGCACCGCCGAGUCCAGCAGCGAGUCCGUGAGCUCCCUGGAGCAGCUGGACCUGCUCUUCGAGAAGGAGCAGGGGGUGGUGCGCAAGGCCGGCUGGCUCUUCUUCAAGCCCCUCGUCACCCUGCAGAAGGAGCGGAAGCUGGAGCUGGUGACGCGCAGGAAGUGGAAGCAGUACUGGGUGACACUGAAGGGCUGCACCCUGCUCUUCUACGAGACCUACGGCAAGAACUGCACGGACCAGGCCAGUGCCCCGCGGUGUGCACUGCUCGCUGAGGACAGCAUCGUGCAGGCGGUGCCCGAGCACCCCAAGAAGGAGCACGUGUUCUGCCUCAGCAAUGCCUUCGGCGACGUCUACCUGUUCCAGGCCACCAGCCAGACGGACCUGGAGAACUGGGUGACGGCCCUGCACUCGGCGUGCGCGUCGCUGCUGGCCAAGAGGCAGGGCAAGGAGGACACGGUGCGGCUGCUGCGGAGCCAGGCCCGGAGCCUGGCCCAGAAGAUCGACAUGGACAGCAAGAUGCGCAAGAUGGCCGGGCUGCAGCUGGCCGUGGUCAGCGACCCCCGCAACAGGAAGGCCAUCGAGAACCAGAUCCAGCAGUGGGAGCAGAACCUGGAGAAGUUCCACAUGGACCUCUUCAGGGUGCGCUGCUACCUGGCCAGCCUGCAGGGCGGCGAGCUGCCCAACCCCAAGAGCCUCCUGGCCGCGGCCAGCCGCCCCUCCAAGCUGGCCCUCAGCCGCCUGGGCAUCCUGUCCGCUUCCUCCUUCCACGCUCUGGUGUGUUCCAGGGACGAGUCGGCGCUGCGGAAGAGGACGCUGUCCCUGACACAGCGGGCCAGGAGCAAGAAGGGAAUCUUCUCCUCCCUGAAGGGCCUGGACACGCUGGCCAGGAAGGGCAAGGAGAAGAGGCCCUCGGUCAGCCAGGUAUUUGAUUCAGGUGGCAGCCACGGAUUUUCUGGAACUCAGCUACCUCAGAACUCCAGUCACUCCUGGGAGGUGGAUGACCUCCUGCAGCUCUACAGCCCCGCUGGCGACGGCGACGGCGCUCUCCGGGACAGACCGUGGGACGUCCCCACCGACGCCCCCUUUCAGGACCCCCAAGGGGUGACGCUGACGAUGAAGCCCGAGCACCGAGCGGAAGAUGUGCUGACCUUGGCGAGCAAGAUGAGACCGUUGGAACCCAGUCACCGCGGCCCACAGCUUCGAAAAUCAGUGGAUGAAAACACCGAGCCCAGCGUUCCCGCAGCCGAUGAACACAUCCAGGACCAGGUGCUGGAUGACGUGGACGUCUUUCCCCUGAACGUUCAUGAGGUGCAGCUCGCCAAGACGGGGGGCGUGUCUGACUUCGGGUUCGCAGUGACGGCGCAGGUGGACGGGCACCAGCAUCUCAGCCGGAUCUUUAUCAGCGACGUUCUCCCUGACGGCUUGGCAUAUGGCGAAGGGGUGAGGAAGGGGAGUGAAGUCAUCACCCUGAACGGCGAGGCCGUGGCGGGGCUCGGCCUGAGGCAGAUGGAGGCCCUGUUCUCGGAGAAGCGCGUGGGGCUGACGCUCCUGGCCCGGCCCCCCGCCCCCAAGGGGCCCCUCAGUGGCUCGUGGUCCGACACGGACCUCUUCCUGGGGGACCAGGCGGGCCCGCUGCCGCCGCCGAACCAGUCCCAGCUGCUGGAGGAGUUCCUGGACAGCCUGAAGAAGAGCAGCCCGCGCGAUUUCAGCAACGUCCCCGACAUCUCCACCUGCCUGAAGAGGAGCCGGACGGAUGGCUCGCUGGAUCAGGUGGCCCGCGGGGAGAGGCCGGAGCAGACCUUCCGGAGCACCGAGCAGAUCGUGGCGCUGUGCAGGAGCUUCCAGGACCCCCAGAUAGACGGCAUGGAAGGCCCGACGACCGUCCAGGAGCCGCCCGCAAGGCCGCUGGCCCGGCACCUGUCCGAGGCUGACCGGCUCCGCAAGGUCAUCCAGGAGCUGGUGGACACGGAGAAGUCCUACGUGAAGGACCUGAGCUGCCUCUUCGAACUCUACCUGGAGCCGCUGCAGAACGAGGCCUUCCUGACCCAGGACGAGAUGGAGUCGCUGUUCGGGAGCCUGCCAGAGAUGCUGCAGUUCCAGAAGGUCUUUCUGGAGACGCUGGAGGCCGGGAUCUCCGCCGCGUCCGACUUCAACACGCUGGAAACCCCGGCCCAGUUCCGAAAGCUUCUCUUCUCGCUGGGGGGCUCGUUCCUGUAUUACGCGGACCACUUCAAGCUGUACAGCGGAUUCUGUGCGAACCACAUCAAAGUGCAGAAGGUUCUGGAGAACGCUAAGACGGACGCGGCCUUCAAGGCCUUCCUGGACGCGCGGAACCCCACCAAGCAGCACGCGUCCACGCUGGAGUCCUACCUCAUCAAGCCCGUCCAGAGGGUGCUCAAGUACCCGCUGCUGCUCCGGGAGCUUGUGUCACUCACCGACCACGAGAGCGAGGAGCACUACCACCUGACAGAGGCCCUGAAGGCCAUGGAGAAGGUCGCCAGCCACAUCAACGAGAUGCAGAAGAUCUAUGAGGACUAUGGGACCGUGUUUGACCAGCUGGUUGCUGAACAGAGCGAGACGGAGAAGGAGGUCACGGAGCUCUCCAUGGGGGAGCUUCUGAUGCACGCGACGGUGGCCUGGCUCAACCCCUUCCUGUCGCUGGGCAAAGCCAGGAAGGACCUGGAGCUGACGGUGUUUGUGUUUAAGAGAGCCGUCAUUCUGGUCUACAAAGAGAACUGCAAGCUGAAAAAGAAGCUGCCCUCCAAUUCCCGGCCAGCCCACGGUUCCGCCGACCUGGACCCGUUCAAGUUCCGCUGGCUGAUCCCCAUCUCGGCCCUGCAGGUCCGGCUGGGGAACACGGCAGGGACGGAGAACAGCGCCCUCUGCGAGCUGAUCCACACCAAGUCGGAGCUGGAAGGACGGCCGGAGACAGCCUUCCAGCUGUGCUGCAGCGACAGUGAAAGCAAGACCAACCUGGUCCGGGUGAUCCGGUCCAUCCUGCGGGAGAACUUCCGGCGCCACAUCAAGAGCGAGCUGGACAGGCCCUGCAAGGAGCGCCCGGGGCCACUCAAGAACCGCGUGCCCGUGUCGGCCAAGCUAGCGUCCUCCCGUUCCCUGAAGAGCAUCAAGAACUCCUCCAGCUGCGAGGGCCCGGGCGAGCCCGCCAAGGGCGGCUCCCUGGACUCGGAUGAGGGUAGCCUGAGCGGCAGCACCCAGAGCACGGCCGGCAGCACCCAGGACUCCCCGGCCCAGCCGCACCCGGCCCUGGCCCACCUCCCCGACGGCCUCAUCAAGGAGAGCGACAUCCUGAGCGACGAGGAGGAGGAGGAGGAGGAGGAAGUGGCAGAGGAGGAAGUGGCGGAGGAGGAAGUGGAGGAGGAGGCGGAGGAGGAUGGGGGCUACCCUCGGCCCCCCAAGCCGGCCAGCCCCACCAAGGACAUCGAGAUCCAGUUCCAGCGGCUGAGGAUCUCGGAGGAGCCGGGCGGGGGGCAGCCCAAGUUGGUGCGCGGGCACUUCUGCGCCAUCAAGCGCAAAGCCAACAGCACCAAGAGGGACCGGGGCACGCUGCUCAGGGCCCAGCUGCGCCACCAGUCCCUGGACAGCCCCGCCGACCACGCCAGCCUGCAUCUCGGCGCCGGGCUCGACCCGGACUUCGGGGUGCCGCGCUUGACGCCCGUCAGCCACGAGGACCGUCUGCUGGGGGCCGAGAGCCCUGGGGCCUCCUAGGAGGGUCCCCAGGAGGGUCCUGCCGAGGACACGGCUCCCCGGGGGGCCCGUGUUUCCCGCUCAGACUGGUGGGAGGGCAGAGAACUGCCGGGGAACGGAGCCUCGUCCCCGGCUCUGCGCGGCCUGCACCUUCCCGGGAUGUAGCUGUAAAGAUUUAAGUUAUUUUUAAUUUAUUGUGGAUCAGAGAACUAGGUGAGAACUGGUCAGAAUCUGUAAAUGCCUUAGUUUACGGCCCCUUUUGAGCAGGUAUCAAAACAAAACAAAACAAAACAAAAAGACUUCUAGAAGAUCUUUAAAAUGCCAUUCUAUUUUAAUUUAUGUGGACAAGGCGGGAAGCUAUUGCUUUUCAGAUGAGAUCCUCCCUCCCCCCAAUCCUCUGGGCAUUUCCUUUGAUCUGUUUUUAUUUUUGUUUUCUUUUUUGCUUUAUUUAAAGCAUAUUUAAAUUAUUUUAAUGUGGGGUAGGGGCACCCGGUGCAGAUACUUCAUUUUUGUAAGGAUGUACUAGAUGCUGUUUAUACGAAACAUGUAUAUCUAUGCAGUAUAUAUAGUAAAAAAAGCAAAACCCGG